AUGGACGUCACCACCCUCGCGGUGCUGAGCGAUGGGCGCCGCAAAGUGAUCAACGGCCACUACCGGGUCCUCCGCAAGAUCGGCGAGGGCCAGUACGGCAAAGUGCUUUUGGCCGAGGUGGUGAAACCUCUUGGUGACCUCACUAAGGGCUUUGUUGCCAUCAAAACCAUCAACCGCGUCGAUAAGCUGAAACUCCUCACCAAGGCCUACUUGCUGCAACUGACGAAGAUCCAGCGGGAAAUCGCCAUCAUGAAGAAGCUGAGCCACCCCAAUGUGGUGAAGUUGUAUCAGGUGAUCGACGAUUUACGCUUUGAUAAGAUUCUCCUCGUGUUAGAGUAUUGCCAGUUAGGUGAACUCGACUGGAAGCGGUAUAAUCAUUAUCACGAGAAGUAUAAGCUGCUCCUGUCUCAAACGGAAAAACUACCGCGUAUCACCCUUGAAAAAGUACUUCGGGAUGUGGUAUUGGGCCUUCAUUAUCUCCAUGAUUGCAAACACAUUGUCCACCGUGAUGUCAAGCCGCUGAAUCUCCUUGUCGAUGCUACCCACACCGUCAAAAUAUCCGACUUUGGAGUGCUGUUAAUCCUUGAGAAUAACGCUAACGACGCCAAGGAGCUUGCUCGGACCAUGGGCACGCCGGCGUUCUUUGCCCCCGAGCUAUGUCAGUUUGUCCACAAGCGCAUGAGUGCUUUGACAGGCCAACCCGCUGCCGAUCUUCUUGCUCUGCCGCAAGGAGCUCAGCUGAUCGGGCUGGUGAUCGAUAAACGCAUCGACUUGUGGCUGCUUGGCGUCAGUCUCUAUACACUCAUCUUCCACGAGGUGCCGUUUCUGGGACGCAAUGAGUUUGAGUUAUUUAAACACAUUGUCCGCCAGCCGUUAGUGUUUCCCUCAGUGGUGAAACUGAAACGAGCUCAGCCUCAAGACGUCGAGGAGCUUGACGCUUUACAGGACCUCAUCACUCAGCUUUUACAAAAAGACCCGCUCAAACGACCUACGAUCACCCAAAUUGCCAACCAUAAAUUCACUACCUUUGACCUUACCGCUUCCGAGCGCAAAAAGUGGAUCGCGCUGAUUCCUGACUACGGCGACGAUAAUACUCUUUCUACACGCAUCCGCCGGUUAUUCAAACCGGUACCGCCUCGGGAAACUCCCAUAUCACCGCUCAAACCUAGUGAGCCUGACACCUCGUCGCCGAGACGUCCUGUCGGCAAAUUGGAGGCAGUGGACGACUUGCUCGACCUGUACUUUGACGAUCUGGCCCUGGAUCUGAGCUACGGUGCCGACGCCGAGGCCGUCGACACUCUGAACACUCUUUCCCAGUUAGACGACUUCAAGUUUGACGCUCCGCCACAAUUUGACCGCAUCAAAAAGCCUACACGGGUGGCUACCGUCACUCCGUUGAACCUAGGAAAUUUAGGCCCCCUUCAUACUCCUCCCCGAGGUUCUCCUCGUGUUUCACCUAACCGUGAUACGCCUCCCAUCAAACCACCCCCCGUGAGCAUCGGCGCUCGUUCUCCCGGUACGUUUCUGGGCCUUUUUAGUCCCGCUCGCAAAAUGUUUGCCCCGCGGUCUCGUCGAGGACUGGCUCUGUCGACGACCAGCAACCGCAGUGUGCGUAGUGGCAGUCUGUUGCGCCUGCUGAGCUCGCCCCAGAAACUGCCCACUAAACCUCCUGAAGUUCCCGCUAAGGAUCCCGUGAUCGAACACACCAUCAGCCUGCUAUCGCUGCCUCCUACAAAGCAACGGGGAGCGAAGCAGGUGACUGACCUUGCUCCACCGCCGGCAUUUGCAUUGGCAGCAGCAUUAACCGGUGGCGGCUCUAGCGAUAAGCGAGGGAGGAAACUGCUGCUUGAUCUGGGACGGCUGCUGCGGCUGCUGCGACUGCUGAGGCUGCUGCGACCGCUGGCGGCCCUGUCGCCGGCAGCACUGCCGUUCGGAGGGCUGUUGGCCCGCAUCACACUGCUGCUGCUGUCGCUCAACCUUAAUGCCUAUCUCACUGACGACAACAGCAUCUUAGCGGGGCGCAAGUCCAUCAACGAAAACGAUAGCAGCGACUGGGAAGCGGAAGCGUUCACUGACGACGACGACUACGACGAGGGCGACCUGACGAUGAUCCUGGAAGCACCGCCAGUGCCUAAGCACACGGUGCUGAUGGACGAGUACUUAUCGCGGUUGCCCUAA